AGUCAUCAAUAAUUGAAGUAUCGAAAUUUAUGUAUUGAAAAUGUCUAUGUUGAAUCAGAACAAGGAGAGCAAAGGCCCGAGAAGAGCGAAGUCGUUUAAUAAGGAUGCUACCGAUUUUUCAAAAGUUGGAGGUCUUGGUAACCACUUGAAGACUCUGAGGGAAAUUAUUAUAUUCCCCUUACUACACGGCAAUGUAUUUUCUCACUUCAAGAUCAAACCCCCCCGUGGAGUACUAUUCCAUGGACCUCCUGGUACUGGCAAGACUUUGGUAGCUGGAGCUCUUGCUUCCGAAAUAAACAAAGAAGGAGUAGGAAAAGUAUCUUUCUUCCAGAGAAAAGGAGCCGACAUUUUGGAUAUAUGGGUUGGUGGAUCGGAAAAAAAUCUACGUACAUUAUUCGAAAAGGCAACAAAAAACCGGCCAUCAAUCAUCUUCUUCGAUGAACUCGACGGCUUGGCUCCUAUCCGUUCUGGCAAGAACGACCACAUUCACACCAGCGUGGUGGCCACCCUGCUUUCCCUCAUGGACGGCCUGGACUCGAAGCCUGGAGUAAUCGUCAUCGGCGCCACGAAUCGAAUCGAAGCCAUUGAUCCGGCGCUCAGGCGGCCUGGGAGGUUCGAUAAGGAGCUGUAUUUUCCUUUGCCAAGUGUCGAGGCUAGGAAGGAAAUCAUGCAGGUUCAUAUAAAUAGUUGGAAACAUAAGCCAUCUGAGAAGUUCAUUGCUAGUUUAGCAGAUUCAACGGUCGGCUUCUGCGGAUCAGAUUUACAAGCUUUAUGCUCCGAUGCGGUGCUCUGUUGUCUCAGAAGAGUUUACCCGCAAGUUGAGACUAAAGGAUGCAACACCAAAAUUGAAGCCAAUAAAUUGGAAGUACAAGAGUGUGAUUUCAUGGAAGCGAGACUGAAUAUAUUACCGUCGUCAUUGAAGCAAGGUCAGAAGAUGAGACACAUGAGCAGCAUCAUCAAGCCGCUCUUGAUACGGCAGGAAAACAAAAUUCUAGAGUAUAGUCAGUUACUUUGGCCACACUUCUUUCAAGAAGAGUACAGGUAUACUAUAAGUGAAAAGCGAUAUUCAGGAAGAAUUCUAUUGGUUGGAUCAAAUAUGCAAGGACUGAAUAAUCACUUGAUACCUUCCAUUUUGAAAAACCUUGAACAUAUCCCUGCAUUCAUCUAUGAUACCCGAAUAAUCGAUAAAGUCAAACCCAAUUUGACUAACGUACAUAUGAAUAUCCCCUCGGUAAUUGUUCUAUCAAGAAUUGAUGAAUGGUGGGACUACAUCGAUGACUGUGACCAACAUAGUAUUGUUUCAACACUAGAAGAUAUACAUGCUGGUUUGCCAAUUCUGACAAUAGCUUCUUGUAGAGUGGAUAUUCCAACAAGGCUACACAAUUUUUUCUACUACAACAAUACGUUGAUGAUAAAAAUAGAAAAUCCAAAUGACAAAGAGAGAGAAAAUUUUCUUGCACCGUUGUUUUUUGACGAAACAUGUCUGAGUCUACUCAGCAUCUAUCAAGAGACCAGCCAGAAUGGAAAUCAUUUCAUAAAGUGUGAAUCGUCAGAAUAUCAAACUGGCAGAAAGAGGAAGAAGAGAGGUAAAAAGGUGGACUAUCUUGGAAUCGGAGAUAAUCCGGAUUCCAUAGGGAUUCCAGAUCCCCACCACGGGAAAAGGAAAUUGGAAGAAUCCAAUUAUGACUUAGUGAAAAAAAUCAAGUUAUGUGAGAGCAAGUUCGGAGAUUAUAGGUCAUGCAGUUCUACCAGCCUAUUUGAUCCUCAUAGAAAAAUAAAACAAGAAAAAGGAUACAAUGGAGAAAUAAUGAGAUCAACAUCGCUAGAAUCCUUCAAGAAGAAACAAUACUUCACCAGAGUUUUAUCGGACCUGUUGAAUCAACGCAGCAUCACCCUUUGUAGAAAAUCAUGCACCAGUUCCAAUUCGCUAGAUAGCCUACUCUGUGACAAACUCAUCAAAAUUGAGCCGAAAGAUGAUUAUUCGGUUUCAUCAGUUGAUUUGAUCCAUUCCCAGAGCGUGUUUGAUGUCCACUGGAAGAGGAUAUAUACCUUAUGGAAACAUGCAUCGUUGCUAGCAUCUAGAAACAUGUCUGUCGCUCAAUUAGAGCUUUUGUACGACGUGAUAUCGACUUGUCUCAGUAUCAACAGAAACUCCUUCGAAGCAGUUCUCUUGAAUCUGGAGACUGUCUUGAGGAAUAUCGAGAUAUCGUAUCAAGUUGAUGGAAAUAAUGUGCAGUGUCCAUGAUGUCAUUCUGACAAGAGUUCUGAGUCCAUCUCCUGCUUUUUAUACUGUCAAUAUUGGUAAUAUAAAUUUUGUUGAAUCGAUCUCA